AGGAAAGACGCCUUAGUGUGUACCUUAGCGCAGGAACCAUAGACAGAAAAGACCUGGUCCUAGUCCAACUUUUGUAAUCUCAAACACUUUCAAACCAUUUUUACUCAAUUUUGGUUUCCUGAAAUCGAUUCUCCUGGAGUCGGAACACUUGCAUCAUUUUCUUCCUCUCAUCCAAUGCAUUCGGUUUGACUUUUUGGACUAGAACGCUGUAUUUAUAUCGAUCUUUUUUUAUGAAAAGAAUUUAAUACUUAAUUUAUUCUCAAGAUUGCUCCUUUUUCUCCUUUAUUCAUGCCUGCUAUAGAUAAUAAACGUCUUCUGCGUUUGUUACCAAAAUCUAAAGAAGAGCAUUCAGAAUGUGUCUCUCGACUGCGGUAUGAGGUAAUGUUGGACAAAGUUGAAUCAGAUGGAGAAGGAAAUUCUCAUGUACGUCCGUAUAUUUGGAGCAUCUUGUUGAACUCCCCCCCUCGUAGCGCUGAUGAAUACAUUCAUUAUGUACGUCAAGGUCCUUCUCCUAUGGCUCAAAAAAUACAAAACGAUGUAUCUAGAACCUUAGUUGUUGAGACGAGGUUUCACUCCCGCGUAUCUCAAGCUUCACUUUCCCGUUUAUUGAAUGCCUAUGUCUGGAAACGAGGUGCCAUCUACGUCCAAGGUAUGAACGUACUCGCUUCUCCUUUUCUAUAUGUUUGCAAAAGUGAAAGCCAAGCAUUCCAUCAUUUUGAUCGACUCUUACAGCGUGAGUGUCCUCAAUACGUUCUUCCUAAUAUUGAUGGAGUACAUAGAGGAGCUAAGCUUCUUGAUAAAUGCCUUGAAACGGUCGAUUAUCCUCUUUAUUCUCAUCUUCUUUCUAAAGGCUUAAUUGCCAAGCUGUAUGCUCUACCUUCUAUCCUUACUUUGAGUGCAUGCACAGCACCUCUGUCAGAAGUAUUGGCAAUUUGGGACUUUCUGUUUGCCUAUGGAACCCAUCUCAAUAUUCUCUGUGUUAUUGCACAGUUACUUCUGCUUCGUGACCAACUGAUCAAUCAUCCAAGUCCUAUGCAUAUUUUACGCACUUUUCCCGAGUUAGACGCUGAAAAAAUAACGGGACUAACCGUUGUCCUUAUAACGAAAAUACCGCAGGAACUAUAUAAUCUUUUAGCGCGUCAUUCCUGGGAUCCAGAAGCAGGCAUAGUGAUCGACCGCUUAGAACCAAACCGACAUUAGGGUAGGGUACACUAAGGAACCAGUCACGCUGUAUAUGACAAGAAAGAAAAGAGGCAGAUUAACUUCUUUAGCACACACCUC